AUGUGCAGGUGGGCGUCUCUUGCUGACGCACAUGGUGACAAGCUGGCUGCCAUUGACCCCCACCAGAGCCCAGCAACAAAGCUGACGUUCCUGGAGUUGGAAUCUCAGAUCAUUCAGUUUGCAGCGGGUCUGCGAGCUCUCAGCCUGAAGCCUGGAGACAAGGUGGCGCUGUUCAGCGAGAAUUCGUCUCGGUGGCUGGUGGCGGAUCAGGCAGUGAUGACGCUGGGCGCUGCAGAUGCGGUGCGCGGGGCCAGCAGCCCGGCGGAGGAGAUGGCCUAUAUUGGUGUCAUGCUGACGCAUGGCAACUUGAAGUAUCAGAUGGACAACUUAAGCUUUUUUCUGAAGCCCAAGCCCGGGGAGCGCUCGCUCAGCCUGCUGCCUCCCUGGCACAUCUACGAGCGCUCCUGCGGCUACUACCUCUUCUCUCGUGCCUGCACCCAGGUAUACACCAACAUUCGCAAGUUCAGGGAGGACUUGUCCGCCUAUCCGCCCCACCACUUUGUCUGCGUCCCUAUGGUCCUCGACACACUGUACGGCAGGGUGCAGCAGCAGAUCAAGAAGAGCUCGCUGGUGAAGCGCACCAUAGCGCGGCUGUUCUUCGCCAUCGGCGCGGCCUACAUCCGGGCCAGGCGCAUUCUGGACGGCGUGCUGGUGUUUGGCAAGAUUCGGGCGGCGCUGGGGAUCAUGAGCACGGUGAUCAGCGGCGGCGGCUCCCUGGCGCGCCACCUGGACGACUUCUACGAGACGCUCGCGCUACCCGUGCUCAAUGGCUGGGGCCUCACCGAGACCUCCCCCGUGCUGUCCUGCCGCCGGGACGCCACGCGCGAAAACGUGCGCGGCAGUGUCGGCCUGCCCAUCCCCGGCACCGUCGUCCGCGUCGUUGAUCCCGAGACCCUGCGCCCCGUGCCCGAGGGCCAGCAGGGGCUGCUCCUGGCAAAGGGUCCGGGGGUGAUGAAGGGUUACUUCAAUGAUGAAGCGGCCACCGCCAAGGCAUUUGUGGCUGGCGACGGCUGGUUUGACACCGGUGAUCUCGGCUGGCGCGCACCAACGGGCGUUGCUGGCAGCAACAUGGCGGGGCACAUCGUGCUCACCGGCCGUGCAAAGGACACGAUUGUGCUGAGCAGCGGCGAGAACGUGGAGCCGGCGCCGAUAGAGGACGCAUGCGCGGUGUCGCCAUUCAUCCAGCACCUGGUUCUGGUGGGGCAGGACCACCGCAUGCUGGGCGCCCUCGUGCGGGCGGUGAUCCGCGCGGAGAUUAACAAGGCGUGCGCAUCGCGGCCGCACUUUGAGCGCGUGGCCGCCUUCACGGUACUGCAGGAGCCGCUGUCUGUGGAGGGUGGCACCCUCACGCGCACAUUCAAGCCGCGCCGGCCGGCCAUCCACGCCAAGUAUGCGCGCGAGGUCGCCGACGUCCUCUCCAAGCUGCGCUGA